AUGCCCACUGGUCAAGAGAUGACACAGCAAGUGUUGACAGCCCAUGAAGUAAUUAACGCAGUCGGUGCAGAGUUCAAUCUCAACACCAAGCAAUGGGUGGUGUUCUGCAUGAUCGCUGAUUUUUUUGUGGCUAAAUAUGUCAAAAAGAAUCUGCCAGAAGACGAGCAGCUCAGGAUGCUUAUGACAGGACCUGGAGGCACUGGCAAAACUCAUGUUGUAAAAGCAGUUCAAUGUGUCCUGCAGCAUUAUGGCUCUGCUCUAAUCAAUGGAAUGACCAUCCACAAAGGGCUGGGGAUCAAAAUCAAAAGCAAAAACAAAGGGAAGGGAAAUCAGGAUCCUGGCACGACUGCAGAAGAUUACAUGGUGUUGAUUAGUGUGUCUAACCACACACAACUGCAGGAUGAGUGGAAGAACAUUGAAUUUCUGUUGUUGGAUGAGGUGUCAUUGGUAGGCCUGCAGUUGAUGGCUGAAAUCAACCAUGCAUUGCAGUUUGCUACAGAAAAGCCUCAUCUCUGGUUCAGGGGAGUGUCCAUCAUAUUCUCUGGCAAUUUCUUUCAAUUUCCACCUGUUUGGGGCAGUGCCUUGUACACCCCAAUAUCCUUGUAUGCUGGACAGAAUAACACAGAAAUUCUGAAAAGGCUUGGCCACCUCGUGUGGAAAUCGUUGAAUGCCAUGAUCAAUCUCUGUCAUAUAUCAGAUCCGAGCACCUCCAACACCACCUGUGUGGAUAUGGGAGACAAAGACAACUGGGAAGUGGCAGCUAUUGUCACCACAAGUGCCCUCUGGGAGGUCCUGAAUGCACACAAAGCAGAUACCACAUGCCCUCGCUCACAGACGCUCGUGGUUUGUGGCACAUUGGAUAAGGCCAGUCGUGAACUCACCUGUAAAGAACGUAGUGACCUCCUUCACUUGAAUGUAACAGCGCUGAAAUCCAGCUCACCUCUGCCUGGCCACAUUUCUCUGUAUGAGGGCAUGCCUAUCAUCUUGCGAAGCUGGAAUCUGUCCACCAACCUUGGCAUCACAAAUGGCACUCAAGGGGUUGUCCGCAAGAUAUUCACAGAAGUAUGUCUUGUAGGCUUCAUAUAUGCCACCUGUGUGCUGGUAGAGUUCCCACACAGCAAGGUGCAACUGACUGACCUUCCCUUGGGAUAUUACCCAAUUGUCCCUUCAACAUGGGUAUUCACCACUGCUCUCAAUGAUGGCUAUGACCAGAUACCACUCCCAAAUGAUCUCUUUAGGCUUAUCUCUCUGGUCAAUGCUGUCCUACAAAAUACCCUAAGUGAAAUACUGCCUGCUAACAAUCUCUCUGUGGGAGCUUUAAAGGAUUUUAAGCUCCCCAAAAUUGCCACUUGGCAUUACACAGAUAAGAUCUCAUUUACAGAAGACCCACCUGCUGGCCAGUGGGCCUUGCAAGCAGAGAUUCCUCCCCAGCCAUAUGUCACAAAGCUUCAUAUGAAGUUCAGUCAAGCACUUCUGGAUGGGAACCUGUUGGUGCACGAUCCUCGCACCCCCAAUCUCCGGUAUCCUUUCUGGGUGAUCCAACUCUGGUGGUCAUUGCACAUUGUUGUUAGAGACCGUGCUUGGACAGAGAAGCGGAGGGGUCAGGGCUUGGCUUCAGCUCUUGUGCUGCACCCUUUGCCGAGUACGUGCCCCAAAUUUGGAGCAGGUCCAAUGAUAGGACAGGCAGACCACUUUGGUCCACUUGGUGGGUCGGGAGACUUUACCGACGACAGGCCUACCUUGCCCCAUGGGCACCAAACAGACACUGUAUCAUGCGGUCUCUUCACAAUCAACACCAUUGAGCACGAUGUCUUUGGAUAUAAGCUCAGCAUUGCCAACCCUGCUGCUGAGCGUGCAAGGUGGUUCUGUUCGCCCUCGCAAGAUCAGAUGGACCAUCAAAGAGCCCCGCUUGCCUUGGAUGCAUCUAAUAAUGAGGUGGGGCCAUCAUCUCAUCCUGGGUUGCCGGCCCAGGAACAGCAUGAAAAGGUUGAGAAGGCAGAAACAGAACAGCUUGAACAGGAAAGGGUUGAGAAGGCAAAGGCAGAACCCCUCAAAUGCAGUGUGGAUAUGAAUGAUGUUGAUAUGAACAACAACAGCAUGGAUACUGACAUGCGUGCAUCCUAG